AAUAUCUCUCUAAUUUUAUACAUAUCAAGCAACGUUGCUCGCAAUUUUAGCUGAGAAGUGCUCCAGAGUUCGAGAAGACAGCACCACCAGUACCAUCGUUCAGUGUCGUUAUAUUAUAGUACUGUCCAGGAAAGUUUAUUAGAAUUUCGGUAUCUCCCACGCAUUUUGUGGCAUUACGCAAAAAAAAAACAAUCAAAAAUAAAGGUCAAUUUAUUCGUGUCCUUAAAACAAAGUGAAUAAACAAGAACAUUUGAAUAUCCUUGUUAAUUUUAACAACAAAUAAAUUAGUAAAAAAUGUCGAAACCUCAAACCGAUGCCGAUCGUCGGAAGCAGAUCAGUGUCCGCGGUAUCGCUGAAGUUGGCAAUGUGACUGAAGUCAAGAAGACUUUCAACCGUCAUUUGCAUUACACUUUAGUUAAGGAUCGUAAUGUCGCCACCACGAGGGAUUACUAUUUCGCUUUGGCUAACACAGUCAAGGAUAAUAUGGUAUCGAGAUGGAUUCGUACCCAACAGCAUUACUAUGAGAAGGAUCCCAAGCGUGUGUACUAUCUUUCUCUGGAAUACUACAUGGGUCGUUCCCUACAAAACACCAUGAUCAACUUGGGCAUCCAAAGUGAAUGCGAAGAGGCCAUGUACCAAAUCGGUCUCGAUAUUGAAGCACUCGAAGAAAUGGAAGAAGAUGCCGGUUUGGGUAAUGGUGGCUUGGGCCGUUUGGCUGCUUGCUUCCUCGACUCUAUGGCUACUCUUGGUUUGGCUGCCUAUGGUUAUGGUAUUCGUUAUGAAUACGGUAUUUUCGCCCAAAAGAUUCGCAACGGUGAACAAGUGGAGGAACCCGAUGAUUGGUUGCGUUAUGGCAACCCAUGGGAAAAGGCCCGUCCCGAAUUCAUGUUGCCAGUUAAUUUCUAUGGUCGUGUGAUUGAUGAAGCCGGUGGCAAGAAAUGGGUUGACACACAAGUUGUCUAUGCUAUGCCAUAUGACAAUCCAAUUCCUGGAUAUGGCAAUAAUGUUGUUAAUACCCUUCGUUUGUGGUCAGCUAAGAGUCCAAUUGACUUUAAUUUGAAAUUCUUUAACGAUGGUGACUACAUCCAAGCUGUGCUGGACCGCAACUUGGCUGAGAACAUCUCUCGUGUACUUUAUCCCAACGAUAACUUCUUCGAGGGCAAGGAACUUCGUUUGAAGCAAGAAUACUUCAUGUGCGCUGCCACCCUUCAAGAUAUCAUCCGUCGUUACAAAUCAUCCAAAUUCGGAAGCCGGGAAGCCGUCCGUAACAACUUCGAUCACUUCCCAGACAAGGUUGCCAUCCAGCUCAAUGACACCCAUCCCUCAUUGGCUAUUCCAGAAUUGAUGCGCAUCCUUCUCGAUGAAGAGAAGCUGCCAUGGGCUAAGGCAUGGGAAAUUACCACCAAGACCUGUGCUUACACCAAUCACACCGUCUUGCCAGAAGCCUUGGAACGCUGGCCAGUAUCUUUGUUGGAAUCGAUCUUGCCACGUCACUUGCAGAUCAUCUAUCACAUUAACUUCUUGCACAUGGAAGAAGUUAAGAAGCAUUUCAAUGGAGACAUGGAACGCAUGCGUCGCAUGUCUUGCGUUGAGGAAGACGGUGAGAAACGCAUCAACAUGGCUCAUUUGUCAAUUGUUGGUUCCCACGCUGUCAACGGUGUGGCUGCUAUUCACUCUCAGAUCCUCAAGGAUGCCCUUUUCCAUGAUUUCUAUGAAAUGACUCCCAAGAAGUUCCAAAACAAGACCAACGGUAUUACCCCCCGUCGUUGGUUGUUGCUCUGCAAUCCUGGUCUGUCUGAUUUGAUCUGUGAGAAGAUCGGUGACGAAUGGCCAGUUCAUUUGGAACAAUUGGCUGCACUCAAAAAGUGGGCUAAGGACCCCAACUUCCAGAGGAAUGUUGCCCGUGUCAAGCAAGAAAACAAACUUCGUCUUGCUGAACACUUGGAAGCUGACUAUGGCAUCAAGGUUAACCCUGCUUCCAUGUUUGAUAUUCAAGUUAAGCGUAUCCAUGAGUACAAACGUCAACUCUUGAACUGCUUGCACAUCAUUACCAUGUACAAUCGCAUCAAGAAGGACCCUUCGGCCAAAUUCACACCACGUACUGUGAUGAUUGGUGGCAAGGCUGCUCCAGGUUACUAUGUAGCCAAACAGAUCAUCAAGUUGAUCUGUGCUGUAGGAAAUGUUGUCAACAACGAUCCAAUUGUUGGAGAUAAGCUGAAGGUUAUCUUCUUGGAGAACUACCGUGUAACUUUGGCUGAACGUAUCAUGCCUGCUGCUGAUUUGUCUGAACAAAUCUCUACAGCUGGUACUGAAGCUUCCGGUACCGGAAACAUGAAAUUCCAGUUGAACGGUGCUCUGACUGUCGGUACUCUUGAUGGUGCUAACGUUGAAAUGGCCGAAGAAAUGGGCAUGGAGAAUAUCUUCAUCUUCGGUAUGACUGUCGAUGAGGUUGAAGCUCUCAAGAAGAAGGGUUACAAUGCCUAUGACUACUACAAUAGCAAUCCAGAGAUCAAACAGUGUGUUGACCAGAUCCAAGGAGGAUUCUUCAGCCCUAGCAAUCCAAAUGAAUUCAAGAACAUCGCCGAUAUUCUGUUGAAAUAUGAUAGUUACUACUUGUUGGCUGACUUUGCCGCUUACAUCAAGGCUCAAGAUAUGGUUUCUAAGACCUAUCAGGAUCAAAACAAAUGGUUGGAGAUGUCAAUUAAUAACAUCGCAUCCAGCGGUAAAUUCUCAUCAGAUCGUACCAUUGCUGAAUAUGCCCGCGAAAUUUGGGGUGUUGAGCCCUCAUGGGAGAAGCUGCCAGCUCCAACUGAUGCAAAUUAAAUUUGUUAUUUAAUUUUUAAAAAAAUCUUAUAAUUAAAAAUGAAGAAAAAAAAGCCAUAAACUCAUCAUCAGAAAAAAGAUAGAAGAAUAAACUGCCAAUAAUUCAGCAGGUUUCAGUGAAAAAAGAAAAUCAAAUUAACGUCCACCUCUAAAUACUAACUGUUUACAUAAAUGAAUUCGGUUAAGUUACUAUUUUUCAACUAAAAAAACAACAAAAAAUGGUCGUUAAAGCACAACAACACCACCACCUCUCGAAAGAAACAAACAUGACCUCAGGCAAACCAAUUAAUACCUAUUUUUAUAAAAAUAAAAAAUUUAAAUUAAUAAAUAUAAUUGAUAUAAAAAUUAUAUAUAUUUACUUUUUAGGAAAAUAUAAAAACAAAAGAAAAUAUAUAAAAACAAA